CCAUCCUUUUUUCUUGGCUUUAUCCUUCCAGAGAUAAGUCGAAAUAAAAGAGACGUUUAUCAUUAUGUUUUGCCGGUGUUCGUGCGUUUUAAACCACAUUCUAUCAUAGUUUAGUUUUUUUUUUUAAUAUAAAUCUUUCGAUUCAUCACCAAUUAUUUUCAUCGCUUUUUUAACUUAAUUUUCUGUCAUUAGACGGUGACGGUAAUUUAGCUCGUCAGCAUCGAUAUCGUGCAAGACAACGCCAACUUCUACAUGCACCAAAAACGACUUUAGAUGUUACCACUACCGAUAUCAGUAACAGGAAAAACAAUGAUACUUUAGCUCUAAUGUUUGAUCAGACGAGUGAUGAUGCAAACCAUGAAUCAGAUUCGUAUGACACAGAUGAAAGUAGCGAGAAAGAUAACUAUUUCAAUUCUUCUUCUCCAAUGAAUAUUUCGGAUCAAGAAUCAGACAAUGAAGACGAUUGUUCAGAUCAAUUGAUCUAUGAAAACGCACCUAUCAAUGUCUCACACGCAGUUUUAGCUAUAAAAUGUUACAUUGCAGAAUGCAAAUUGCCAUCUUCUCAUCAGAGAAAAUUAUUAGAUUUAAUUUUUUUAUUACUUCCAAAAAAUAAUAAUUUAAAUCGUCGACGUUUAUUCAAACUUCGAAAACCGUUUAUUUAUAAAAUACUAUGUAAUAAUUGUACAAAUUUGUUAAAUAUGAAAACCAAUGAAUGUUUAGCGACUUGUAGAUUAAACGGAAAAGUUCGAAGUGAAGACGGUAUAAUAGAACAAUGUUUUAACAACCUAAAAGACUCUAUCUGUGAUGUUACACAGCGAAAUCUAUAUCUAAUAAUUUCAUAUCCAUCAAACGUUGCUACAUUAUUACCUAACGACAUUAUUAACGGCGAUAAAUAUCGACGUGAAGCUUCUACAAGAUCACUUAAUUUAAGCCUGCAGCUACACAGUGAUGGUAUCGAUAUGCUUAAUACGAAACACAAGAAUUGUUAUGCUACAAUCGGUACUAUUCUAGAAAUACCUCCUCCAUUACAUGAUCAUGUGAAAAAUAAACUUGUAUUAAGUUUAUAUUUGGAACCAUCGACCGAAUUAGUUCAAGGUGAUAAAAACGAUCAACCAUGUAGAGCAAUGAAAUGGAAAAUAUCACAGUUCAAUGGAUAUGAUUGUUGUACAAAUGGUUUAAUACAUGGUGAAACCAGAGGUUCUAAUUUUGUUUAUUAUCCCUAUAGUGAUCAAGGUCAACCCCGUACACAUGACAUGUUUGUAAAAGCGGCGAAAUUAUCUCAAGCAGGACCAGGGCAGAUAGCUAUUGUUCAAGGAAUCAAAGGACUUAGUUCGUUGUUAAAAAUAUUCAGUAAUGUUAAUGAAGAUGCUUUAUUUGAUUAUAUACACGCAGUUUGUGGUUCUUCUGGUCAUAUGGGAUAUUUAUUAAGAAAAUGGUUUCAUCACGUGAAACCUGCAACUGCUGCGGCUAUGUCCGAUUUUAUCAUGGAAAUUAUGCAGCCACACGAUAUUAAAGUUAGUUUAAAACCAUUUUCUGCAUUUGAUUGGUGGAAAUCAAAAGAUAUAAAAUUUUUCUUAUUAUAUUUGUCUAUGCCAAUGGCAAUUAAAUUAUUACCAGUUCCUAUUAGUGAUUAUUUUGUUUUAUUUUUUAUUGCUAUGAGCAGACAAACAUUUGGAAAAACGCGUUUAAAUGCUCGAAAGGGAACCGCGAUUAUGUCAGCCCCUACUCUUCCUACUACUCGUCCUUCACGUAUUAAUCAAAAAUUUUGCCUAUUACAUUUUGGCGAUAUAAUGUACAAAAUUGUACCAUUUGAUGAAUGUGUAGUUUAUGAUGAUGGUGAUCAAAGCUUUAAAAAUGAAUGUAAAAAAGCUCUUAAAAGUAUAUCGAAUGUAACUAGCGAAUAUGUCUUUGACAAUUCAAUAAGUUCAAAAGAAAAUUUACCAUCAUCACAGCAAACACAAGAACCAUAA